CGGAUACAACAAUUAACGUCGUACGUAGAACCGGACGGUAACAGCAACUAUCGUCGUACGUGGAACGCUUCGGAAUUCGGAUCAUAUUUGCCUUAUUUACCUAUUAUUUUAUUACUAAUGUUUUCGAACUAAAUCUACGUUUUGUACUCCCAAAAAAAUCUGAUCGUGAUUUCUCUAGUGCUAUUGCAAGCUUUAUAUUUUCGUUUGUAUAUGUUUUUUCUUAGUUUUUUCCUGAAAACAUUCUGUUUUCAGUCUGGUAAGAGGGGAGUGUAACGGGGGAUUCCUGUCUCAUGUAUUAGUAUGUACGAGUAUGUGCUUGGUUGUCCCGCCUCUUGUAUUUCCUGUUCCUGUACGAGCGAUUCAGUAUAUAUAGCGAUGUAUUUCCUGCGGUAUCUUCAGUCGUUGGGUUAGCAAUAUUUCGAGCAGUAUCAGCCGGUUCCGUUGCCCGUUAUACUUCUACAAACAGCAGUAACAGGCGAGCGAUCGAUAGUAGCAGACUGGUAUUGUGUCUCCUCUUUUCCUUUUCCCACUGGCUGACAUCAUACUGACGAGCCGUCUGAGUCAGCCUGUGACUGCAAGCGGGUGCAGUCACGCUGUUAAGAUCGAUCAGUGUUUGUUUGCAACUUUGGAUAGAAACGCCGUUCACGUCGUUUUUUAGGUUUUCCGUACGCUCCGCUUCUAUUUCUAUAUCACAGCUCGUCUUCUGCUGACAUUCUGUAGGUUCCCAGCGCUGGUUGGCCGUGUAACCGUUUAUAUCCGCAUCCUGUUUUUUCGUUGUGUAGCCAGUGUCUAGCCACAAAAGACGGAGUCAGACACUUUGCUUUGGUCUCCCUGUACUGCGAUUUUUUUCUUCAGUAUUUCAGAUUGCUAAAACCUACUUUUCUCGCAUCCCUAGGAAACCGUUCGGCUAAAAACUCAACAGUUUCCAACGCCUUCCUUGUGAAGAUGCCGUAUCCUUAUGAAUAUUUUUCGGGCAUCAAAAGCAGGUGUCCCGGCCAGUGGAACAUCAACAAUGCUGUGAUGGUGAAUUUAGUCGGUGAUGAUUUCUACCUGGCCUAUUUACAGGACAUCGACGGCGAUCUAGUCUUUGUGGAUUUCGAUUGCACCAAAAUCCCCUCUUGGUGGGUGUCAGCCGAUCGCGUCUAUCGACAUAAUUUAUACGGGGAGCGGGUGAAGCAUGACUCUGUUUUUGUGGCUGUGCGCGAAGAAGACAACGGUCCGUACAUUUUCCGUCCGGCCAAGCUAUUACGCAAUUCCACACUUAGCACGAAUUACCUCUGCUGUGUUUCACUAAAUACUACGCAGGAUCCAAAGAAUUCGUUUCGAGUGGUACAUCAGUGGCAACUUUCGAGCGUGCUGCCGAGUCAGUAUACGGACCUUCCAACAAAAAUCACGGAAGAUCAUGUCGAAAAGGUAGUCGUUCGUGUUGACAACAUGGGCUUCCUGAAACAUAUUGACGAAUACCACAUAACACGGCUCCUUGAUAUGGGAUUUCGUGACGGGUUCAGUCCGAUCGGCUGGCGGGCUUUUGACGUCGCUCACAAGGACGAUCGGGAUCAGCUUUUCGUUCGGCUAACCGGAAGGACGUUGACGUUCGUAAUAAUGCAAGCAUCGUGCUUUCAUGUCUUCUGGAAUACGAGGAUCCCGUUAUUCUUGCCUCGCCAGAAGAGAAAAAAUCUAAGAAAGUACUCUCGUACCAUAAUUGUACUUGCUGGAAAAAGGAAAUCGCUAAAGAUAUUUCGUUCGGAAUAA